GAUUUUCGUCUCUAUGACCACAAGGAGGCGGUCUCGGGUGUCCCGAGGACGGCGCGCGGAGGGGGCGUGCGUCAGUUCCGCGCGGGGCUGUCGGGGAACCAUGGCUGCCCCAAGAGAAAAUGUCAGUUUAUUAUUCAAGUUAUACUGCUUGGCAGUGAUGACCCUGGUGGCCGCAGCUUAUACCAUAGCUUUAAGAUACACAAGGACAUCAGACAGAGAACUCUACUUUUCAACCACAGCCGUGUGUAUCACAGAAGUUAUAAAGUUACUGCUAAGUGUGGGCAUUUUAGCUAAAGAAACUGGUAGUCCUGGUAGAUUCAAGGCAUCUAUAAGAGAAAAUGUCUUGGGGAGCCCCAAGGAACUGAUGAAGUUAAGUGUGCCAUCAUUAGUGUAUGCUGUUCAGAACAAUAUGGCUUUCCUAGCUCUUAGCAAUCUGGAUGCAGCAGUAUACCAGGUGACCUAUCAGUUGAAGAUUCCCUGCACUGCUUUAUGUACUGUUUUAAUGUUAAACCGGACACUCAGCAAAUUACAGUGGAUUUCAGUUUUUAUGCUGUGUGGUGGAGUCAUACUUGUACAGUGGGAACCAGCCCAGGCUACAAAAGUUGUGGUGGAACAGAAUCCCUUAUUAGGGUUUGGUGCUGUAGCUAUUGCUGUAUUGUGCUCAGGAUUUGCAGGAGUAUAUUUUGAAAAAGUAUUAAAGAGUUCAGAUACUUCCCUUUGGUUCUUGCAAGUGUUGGAGGCCUCUACACUUCUGUUGUGGUCAAGUACACAGACAACAUCAUGA